UUUUCUGCCCCCUUACCUAUUAUUGGUGUUGGAAAAUAAUUAUCGAUAUUAAUGUGAAAUAACCCUGCAAGACGGGUAGCUGUUAGCAAACGUGGAAAUAUUGAUACUAUACGAUCAAAAAACAAACGGGCGUGCAACUAACAUAUAAUGGAAAGAAACUCAAUCUAAACGGGCGCGGAAAAAGAAAAAAAAAAACAGUAAAAUAAAAUAAAAAUAAAAAUAAAUAAUAAAAGUAAUUAAAUACAUCAAACAACAAAUACACCGGACCCAACCUGCGAAGACAAGAGGAGGACAUCAACCCCUAUAUGGAAACAUUUACACCCCCCAAAAUCGAUAUGGAUACACCGGUAACCCCCACGCCAACUCUCCGGUCGGCUGUUACUGUGCCUCGCUCCGGAACUGUCCCAGUAGCAGCGCCCCGAACCAACUCGGCAGCAAGGGCGCCAACCGUGGCACGAAGCUCAACACGCGCAUCACCGACGCCGGCGCCUCCGAAACCGCAACGCACCAGAUGUCCGCUCUGUUGCCGCUCUCAUAGGCUGCAGCAUUGCUCUAUUUUCAAGGGGAUGUUACCCGUACAACGCCAGAAGGUGGCACAGGCACAUGGCCAUUGUUUAAACUGCUUGGCCCAGUCACACGCCACGCUGGAAUGCGAAUCCGAUACUUUGUGCCGGUUGUGUGCAAGACCGCAUCAUACGUUACUCCACCGGAACGCCGGACAUCCUGGCUCACCAACUGUACUCCGCCGCCGUACGGCCCCCCGACGAUCGCAGCCUAACCGCGUGGCACGGCAACCAGAAGCGGGUUGGUCCUGGCGCCCCCUCAAUACGACCUCCACGCGCAGCCAAAUAAGGCCACAACCUCACCGCCCCACCGGCCUGAGCGGCGUUGUAGCUACGUUACAGGCACUACAGCGUCUACUAGGCUAGUACUCGCCUAGGGGGGGCAGGAUGUUGAGAUGAGCUCCAGUCACCCGAACUAAUUCAACUCAAGGGCAUCACCGAUCAGUGAAUACAACACUCUCCACAUCGACAUGUUUAUUAGAAAAAAACAGGGCAUCACUGACCAGUGAAUACAACACUCUCCACAUC